AUGGAGAGGACAUCUUGUCCUAGUGGCUGGUCUCGAUAUGGACGCCGUUGCUUCCGUUACUAUCCCGCAGUCACCAGCUGGAAUGCAGCCCAGAGUAACUGUCGGUCUGUGAGGGCUAACCUUGCAUCGGUCCAAAACUCAGGGGAGUACUAUGAGAUCUUGAAGAUCAUCGAAGCUGCUGGUCAUCGGUCAAGAGAAGCCUGGUUUGGAGGCUCUGAUGCACAAAGGAGUUUGUUUCAUCAUGAAGAUCCUAAUUCUGCUGUUUCUUUCUGCCUUGUUGGCUUUGAGUCAGGCUUCAGGUCUGGACCUUGUGACUACAGCUGGUCUGAGUACAGAGGUCGCUGCUUCCACUUCUUUGGAAGCUCGUUAAGUUGGGCCAAAGCUCAGACAAACCUCACAUCCCUCAGAGACUUUGAUGAAUACAACUUCCUUCAGAAUCUGAUUUAUUCUUCCAGUCAUGAAUAUAAAGAAACAUGGAUUGGAGGCUCUGAUGUACAGGAGGUGGGUGUGUGGCUCUGGAGUGAUGGGAGACGCAUGAGAUACACCAACUGGUGCCCACAUGAGCCUAAUAAUCUUAACAACGCUGAGCGUUGCUUGGAAAUGAAUCACUCAGGCAGGAAGUGUUGGAACGACCUGAACUGUGAUGCACGCCUCCCAUCUGUCUGCUCCCGGAAGAGAAGCCGGUUCUGGUUCCGUGGUUGAACAAGAUGAAGCUUCAUGCAGAUCUGUUUACAUCCUGAUUUCUUUCUGCUGCUUAAGAAAUGAGGUUAGAAGUUACAGAACCAGGAGCUGAAGUUACUACUUAUUGCAUUUUUAUUUUAAAGAUUUCAGCUCAACUUUAAUUCCUGUAGACUUCCUGUGCUUUUACUGAUUAAACGCCAAGCAUUGAAACAGA